AUGAAGUUCGUGUAUCUGCGAUCUGUCGAUUUCCCUUGCCCAGUUCUAGACUUCCACGGUGAGAGUGUUUUCCUUUCUUCUUCGUGGAUUUGUGUGCCUACGCCUGCUACGACUGGACUUGCUGACUUAAAUCUUGGAAUGUUGGAGAGUGGACUCUGGAUUGGACUUUGGAUCAUGUUCGUGUGUGUGUAUGACUGUGGGCUGGGCGGCAUGGAGUAUGGACUAUGCACUGGUGUGGAGUGUGGACCGCGUGUGACAACAAUGAUACUCGAGGUUGAUCUCCAGUGUGUGAAAUGCUACAAGAAGGUUAAGAAUGUUCUCUGUAAAUUCCCACGAUGUGGCGCCAUCAAGAGCAUCGAAAUUGUCGAACCGAAGGAAAAGAAAACCACACAGCAGCCGGAGCAGCAGGAGGAAAAGAAAACCACACAGCAGCCGGAGCAGCAGGAGGAAAAGAAAACCAAACAGCAGAAGGACAAGCCAACCCCACUGCCGCCGACACCACCGCCUUCAAGUAGAACGUGUUGUGUUCCGUGCGAUGAAGGCCGGCAUGAUGGGCCAUGCUUUAAGCCCGAGUUGAUUCCACAUAGAACGUGUUGUGAUCCGUGCCAUGAAGGCCGACGAUGUGGGCCAUGCUUUCAGUGUUGUGGUCCUCCGAAGUCGCUACCACCGACAACGGGUAAAACGUGUUGUGCUUCAUGCAAUGAUGCCCGGCCUGGUGGGCCAUGCUUUGAGGAUUAUUGUAGGCCUCCACCAUGUUAUGGAGGGUAUUUUUAUGCUAUGCCUGUUUAUGAUAGCUAUGGUGGAGGACAACCUUGCUACGUGAGCCGUUGUGGUCAAUACGUCAACGAAGAUAACGUCACAGGGUGCGCAAUAAUGUGAGCUAAAGGCUCAUUAUUGAUGGGGCCUUGUAUGGAGAAUAAUGAAUAAUGAUAUAUUGCUAUAUAGAGUUAUAUAUGUGGGUGUUUUCUUUGUUUAAUCAAAUUUAUAGUUCUUGUAUGGAUCCUCGUAUGAGUCUAAUCAAAUUUAUGUUAUUUGCUUUUGCAAUAAUGAAAAUAA